UUGCAAUUUAUGAUAGUGGUAUUUUAGCUUUCGCUUAACCUCAAUUGUUUGUAAUAUAAAUAAUAUUAUUUGCUGCGUGCCGUCAAAACUUUCGGGAACAGUACAGUUCUACCAGUGUUGAAGUAGUUUUUACUGCAAAUUCAGACAUGCUUGGGGUGCGACGAAACACAAAGCACGGCAGUGUUAAGGAGAAACUUCAUACCUUCAUAACAUGGUGACAAUGGGUUUAAGCGUAUAUAAGUGAUACUGUGUACUGUUGGGCCUCUUACAGAAUACAAAUUUUAUUUAUGCCCAUUAGGGACCAACACAACUGGUGGGGAAUUGUUUAAGAAAUGGAACAUUCUUAUGCUAGCUUAAAAUGGAAAACCGGAAAAUAACUUUUCUCUAUGGAAGUCAGACGGGAACUGCCAAGGAAGUGGCAGAAAGAAUUUGGAGAGAAGCAAAGAGAUUUCAUUUUCAUGGCCCAGUUCGGGCAAUGGAUGAUUACCCAGUAUCGCAGCUGAUACAUGAAUCAAUUGUGAUAUUCAUAUGUUCAACAACUGGCCAAGGUGAAGAACCAGAUAACAUGAAAGUGUUCUGGAGAUUCUUGCUGAGAAAAAAUCUCCCUGCAGACUCACUUCAAGGAGUAAGAUAUGCUGUCCUGGGUUUAGGUGAUUCUUCAUAUGCCAAAUUUAAUUAUGCAGCAAAGAAGCUUCAUCGUCGCCUUUUGCAACUGGGAGGCCAGCCCCUUUUAAACAUUGGUCUUGCAGAUGAGCAGCAUGAUCUUGGUGCUGAUGCAGUCAUUGAUCCAUGGAUUCUUGAUUUAUGGAUCAAGCUGUCUGAUCUCUGCCCUCUGCCUGAUGGUGUAAUACCGUUAGAUAAAGAUAGUCUUUGCCCACCAAGGUGGCUUGUAUCUCUAAGUCAGACUGAUGAAACACACAACCAAAAUUGUAGCAAUAAAGAAUUAUUGAAGAGAAAUGUGGUUAAUAAUAUAAAAGAAGAAUUUUCACAAAACAAUCCAUGUUAUGUCAGCGUUAUUAGAAAUACAAGAACAACAGCACCAUUACACUUUCAGGAUGUAAGACUUAUUCAGUUGUCAGCCCCAAAACUGCAGUAUUCCCCUGGAGACGUGCUUAUGGUUUGUCCGCACAAUGGACCAGAUAAAGUUGACCAGUUCUUUACUCUUUUAUCAACUGGGUCUGAUGGGAGGCUACAUCCUGAUGCUGUGAUUAAAGUGACAGAAAGGGACAAUGAUGCUCCAGUGCCACUAGCAUUAAAACAUCCUCUUACACUGAGGGAAUGUGCUCAGCGAUAUUGGGAUCUCAAUGCUGUACCACGACGUUAUUUUUUCCAUUUGCUCUCACAUUUUACCACAAAUGACCUUGAAAAAGAGAAACUGAUUGAAUUUUCAACCCCAGAAGGACAAGAGGAAUUAUAUAAUUAUUCAAACCGUCCACGCCGAACAGCUCUUGAGGUGCUGCAAGAUUUCCCACAUGCAACAGCAAACAUUCCCCUUGAGUAUAUGUUUGAAUUAUUACAACCCAUUGGACCAAGGGCAUUUUCAAUAGCAUCAUCUCCAAAGGCUCAUAAAGGAGAAAUUCACAUUUUGGUGGCUGUAGUACAGUACCGUACCAAGUUGGUAACCCCACGUAUUGGUCUUUGUUCCAACUGGUUGGCAAGCUUGAGUCCAGGAAUGAACAUACCAGUCUGGUUACGAAGAGGAUCUUUCCGUUUCCCAGUGUCAGAAGGUAGUCCUGUAAUAAUGAUUGGCCCUGGCACUGGUGUGGCCCCAUUUCGAAGCUUUAUUCAUGAGAGAGAGGCACUGGGUCAAGCAUCUGACAAACUUUUAUACCUAUUUUUUGGAUGUCGGAACAAAAGUGGUGACUUCCAUUGUAGCAAUGAAUGGCUGUCCUUACAGAAAGAACGACAACUGUCAUUAUUUUGCGCUUUUUCUAGAGACCAGGAGUAUAAAAUUUACGUGCAGCACCUUAUAAAGGAGCAGGCUGCUCUACUGUGGGAUUUGCUAUCAUCUGAAGCUUGGGUAUUUCUUGCUGGAAGCUCAAACAAUAUGCCUGCAGCAGUGAAGGAGGCUUUUGUCAAGGAUGUAUUCUGCGGUGUUGGGAAACUAUUGCAUGAUGAAGCUCAACACUUCAUGCAAAAUCUAGAAAAUACUGCCCAUUUCCAAAGCGAAACAUGGGCUUGAUGUGUCCAUUAGAUUUACAGCGAUGCUAUUUCUCUAUUGAAUAAAGCUUGUGGUUGCCUUUU